AUGUCGGAAGUAUCUGCCGCACCGACGGGCACGGCAGCCCGCAGUGCAUCGAAGAUCGCUGAGCCGAGGUCCAGCGACCUGGAGAAAGGAUCCACUGUCAAGCAGGCAGAUGCAUCUUGCCAGCUGCAUUUUUCCUUCUCCGACUUGAGGAACUGCGGCAUCUCCCUGCACUUCUUCGCCUUGGGCUUUGCGGUGGGGGGGCUGGAUGCCAUCUUCGUGAACGUCCUCGAGGGCUACCUCAAUGUACCAAGUGAGAUCAUGAAAGGUGGGACGAACCUUGCCACCAUGCCGGGCAUCUUCACAGUGUUCAUGGGCAUCCUCAGCGAUGCCCGGCCGGUCUGGGGCUUCCGGAGGCGGCCGUACAUGGCCGGAGGCUUUCUCCUGUCUGCGGCCUGCUUCACCUUCAUGAUGUGUUUGGGUCUCCCCGAACCGUACUUCUGCUUCGUGGAUGGCCGCUACCAGUUCGACCAGCCUCCUUGCAACCCCGAUGCCGUCAACUUCUAUGCGCCGUUGACGGCCUGCCUGUGCCUCGCAACCCUGGGCUCGACGAUCGCCACCGCGGCAGCCCAGGGGCUUGUGGUGGAGUAUGCCCAAGCUGAGCCCGAGGACCGUCGAGGUCGCACGCAGACCCUGCUGCACAUGGUCAGACUGGCGGGGGCUUUCUGCGCCACUGCGGUGGCUGCCUUUGGCUUCAAUGGCCGGAUGUUCACGGGCAGCUUCAACCAGGACUACCAGCUGAGCUACCGGCAGUUCAUUGGCAUCUUCGCAGUGGUCACGAGCAUCGCUGCCGUCGGAAGCCUCUUCUGCGUUCGCGAGGGCCCCGCAGCGCCAGCCUCCAUUCGGGCAUACUGCCGGUCUUCGUGGCAGCUCCUCGAGAGCAAGGCCUUCUGCUCGGUGGCCCUCUUCGUCUUCUUGGCCGAAACCCUCCACGGCUUCUCCACGAGUGCGGGUACCUGGGUAGGGCUUGAGUGGGCCAAAACUGAAGACUUGCAGAGGCAGCUGAGCAAGGUCCUUGGUAUUCUUCUGACUGUUUUUGGUAGCUGGGUGGCUCAGAAAUGGCUUCUCAACGCCAGCUGGCGGAAAAUCCUCUUUGCCACCGUCAUGAUCGCAAACGUCCUCGAUUGCAUCCCCCAGUUCCUGACCAUCUUCGACAUCGUCCGGAAUCAGUACUUCUACCUCGGGGAGCCCCUCACGCAGAAUGUUCCUGAGGCCAUGACGGAGUUAGUCUACAUCUUCAUGGUGAAUGAGCUCGCGGACGAGGGCAACACUGCGCUGGUGAUUGGCUUGGUCCUGACGAUCAAGUCCCUCGGGCAGCCGCUCUCCGUCAUGAUCUCCAACCAGGUUUUCGCGCUCUUCAAACCAGACCUCUACUUGAGGAUCAACUACGUCAAGGACACGCCGGCGUUUCGGUGGACGGUGGCUGCAUCGUUUCUACUGACCUACUGCGUCUCUGUGCUUGGCUUGGUGAUCCUCCCUCUCCUGCCUUCGCAGAAGCAGGAAGCGCAGAAGCGCAAGUUGGAGUGGUCUCACAGGCCCGUGUAUGCCAUCCUCUCCACAGUCGUGCCCCGGCUCAUUGUGGCUUAG